UGGCCGUCGUGACUUCGUUUGGUUUACGUUACGAUAGUGCCACGUAUUUAUGUCAUUUGUGUCUUUCAUAAAGUCACACGAUCGACAAUUAUUUUAAUGUCUUUUUCUUGUUUAUUUCGAGUGACCUAAGAAGCUCUCUCGGCAGAUAUGGGGUCCUCUCACAGCGUGGAGAUACCGGGAGGCGGUACAGAAGGUUACCAUGUAUUGAGGGUUCAAGAAGGUUCUCCUGGACAACAAGCAGGACUAGAAGCAUUCUUUGAUUUUAUAGUAGCAAUUGGCAAUACGCGUCUGGAUCAAGAUAACGAUACUUUGAAGGAACUUCUAAAGGUUGGUGUAAAUAAGGAAUUAACAAUUACAGUGUAUAGUAGUAAAACACAGUCUGUAAGGCGGAUAAAUAUUGUUCCGAGUAUGACAUGGGGUGGACAGGGUUUAUUGGGUGUUAGUAUACGUUUCUGUUCAUUUGAAGGCGCUAAUGAGAAUGUUUGGCAUAUACUUGAAGUACAUCCAUCAUCUCCUGCUGAACUAGCCGGUUUACGGCCAUUCACUGAUUACAUUAUCGGAGCAGACUCCAUUCUCCAUGAAAGCGAGGAUUUAUUUACUUUAAUAGAGGCGCAUGAAUCACGACCUCUCAUCUUGUAUGUAUAUAACACUAAGAAUGAUUCCUGUAGAGAAGUGACUAUCACACCUAAUAAUACUUGGGGUGGAGAAGGAAGUUUGGGAUGUGGAAUUGGAUAUGGAUACUUACACAGAAUACCAGUCAGAUGCGUACCGAAGCAGAUAUCUGCUAAUUUAUAUGUGAAUACUGUAAUGCAAACACAACCAGCAGUGACUGCUAAUGUUACUGUGGCAGAAAUAAAUCCAAUUGUUAGUACAACAUCCGAAUUAAUUCCACCAAAUUCCACCGUUCCGAUGGAUAGCUCGAUAAAAAAUUUAAAAAGUGAACAGGAAGCUAUAUCUGUUCAAAGUAUACCUGGACCAAGUAUGCAAAUGCAACCAGCAAAUCAAGUCAAUUUCACUGGUCCUGUUGACAGCUAUUCACCCGCCAGUUCGGGACCUCAUAUGUUUCCAAAUCAAUCCACUAGUUUUACACCCGGCACUUAUCCAAUAACUCCAAACAUUCCUGGCAUGCCAACUGUUGCGGGGUUACCACCAAACGUUACCAAUUCUUAUGAAGUUUCAAUUGCACUACCUGGAUCAAUUAAUACCUCAGGACAACAAAGAGAGCAGAAUUUUGGUCAUAACACAACCACAAUCAAUAUCCCAAUAUUGCCGAGAGAGCAAAGUCCUAUUCCUAGUACAAACACAACUGCUGGCUUUAAUAUAGCUCAGUCUCACGUUGUAACAACACCUAUCUCACUGCCAGGAAUGCCACCUAUCACAGUCACCGCCUCUCUCCCACAAGACACUUCCUUUUAUCCAUCUGUUCUUCAACAGCAAAAUCAAUUACCACCCAGUAUCAACACUACUACCGUUGCUCCAACGAUAACAUUGCCAACAUCCACACAGUAAAGAAUUAAUGGGCACAUUCA